GUGGUGUGAGACAGACGCUGCAAGUCCCGAGUUGAUCCACGAGAAGCGGAUAACUCGGCAUCUAUCUACCACCAUGGCGCGGCUAGAGUUCCUGCUCCUGGUCUUUGUCAAAUGCUUGACCGCUCAAGUCCACGUUUUACCUGCCGAAGAAAUGAGCGCCAAAAUUGCUCUUUUGGAAGGAAUCGUGGACUCGUUAGGAAAGCAAUUAAUACAGAAUCAGCUCUUUGUGGAAGAAAGGAUUCGUUCUGACGGAGAGUCUGGGGUCAAGAAAGUUCGCCUUUACAACGAGGGCACGAGCCCAUACCACGCGGACACCCACGUAGCCCAGUCCGCCAUCGCCAUACACGACCACGCUAACUACGACAGGACACUUGGCAUCGGGGAGUUCAUAGGUGUUCUGAACGGGGUUGAGUUUCGAACCCGACACAACGAUUACAAGCUGAAAAUGCCGUCCACAACGAGCACCAGCUACCACGAGAUCGAGGACAUCACAUUCCCCACUGUGCCUCCAGAGGUGUUACACAAAACUACCCUCCAGGAGCAAGUCGUAGAGAUGAGAGAAUGGUUCCGUGCCUUCAAAGAACAAAACUACACCGUCCGCGACUAUAGACCUUACUUCAAGCCUGUGUUGUGUUCGCUAGAGGGCGCCUGGACGCUUGCUAAAGACUUAGAGGAAUCUUUCCCUAGUGAUCGACAUCACCUAGAUGCCACUAGCUGGGCGGACUUGGCUGAAAAGAUCAGCUUCACGUCCUACACCGGAGCCAAGCACAAUCUUGAGAAUUUCGCCUUUCUACCAUCCAAGAUGUACGCUAUAGAGAACGGUGUACCCCAGUUCGCACAAUGGAACUACAGAGUCAUCUGUAACCCCCUCAGUUUCGACCUACCAACAUCUUACCUAAAGAUGGAGGACGACAUUGCCCACAGAUUAGCAACCGACAUGACGUUGAAAAGGGCGCCUAACGCCAGAUCUGCAAGGUUCACAGUCAACGAGCUCGAAAAAGAGGGGAAAACUACCUAUACGAUGCUGGACCGUAUGAUGCAUGAGUUGCCUGGCCUGAACAACUACAAGGCAAACAUUACUGACACGACCUAUGGUCUCCUAGCAACGGACAUUGGUCAGCCCGGUCAACUGCCACUGAAUGCAGGGUACUAUCACAGAUGGUACCAAUACAGCGUCAAGGGUGCCAUGGGUGAUUCUGUUAACCACAGGGGAUUCAAUGACGAGACACUAUGGGUCGCCAUGAACACCCAACCUAACAUAAUGCCCUUAUCGACCACUUAUUGUGACGGGACCAAUUGUGUGCGUGACACUAGGAGGGUAAGCUUUGCCAUCCCCCUUGAGGUCAUCUACCUGACCCCGGUACUAUCGUGGAACCCACACAAUGUAGCCCUCUAUCCGGGGGAUCCUAAAACUGAUUUGCUAGCACAAAGCGUUGUGGCCAAUGGACGUAACGGAGGAACCACCAAAGAGACAGCCUUCAAUGGAACCAACAGAGAAACCUAUUACAGAACACCCGUCAGCUUCUAUGCCAGCAGCGACGUGGAGGCCGACUCAGCCGACACAGCUCAAGGAUCUGUUGGUGUCCUGGACAAGAACGGCAACGUCCAGCUAAUGGCCGCUUCCGGUCCACGCAUCAUCACCCCAGACAUUCAAGGCGUUGGUACCAUCAGACUGCGAUACCCCAUCUUCCCCGUCCACGAGGAAGGCAGCACAGUGGGCAGAGAACUAUCGGCACUGAAAGAGAUAGUGACCAGAAUGUCCAAGUACGCGUAUUUACUUGACGACCAACAAGGAGGGUCACUUCCGGUCAACGCAGACGAAUACUUCUCAAUGUCGGAAACUAAUCAGAAUCCUCCAGGCUUACACACUCACACGUUCGUGCUGUCCGCUGCCGAUUAUGCCAGUCUGCUGUCCGGCACCGACGCGACUGUCAAGACAUCAACUGACCUGGGUCACUACCACGAGCUGAAGGUCCACUACGACAGCUCCAAAGGUACCUACGCCUACGUGACGUGUGACGGCCUUGCCACUUGUUGGGACGGUCACGGUCAACGAAUCAUCAAGGAACAGUAAACCUAAUGGAGCUCGUCUUCUCGCAGACGACAAUAUCUCCGUUCAUGCUAGAGAAAUUAGGUUUCAAAAACAAUCAUUUUUUUUCUUUAAAACGUUGAGGAGUAAAAUUAAAUAUGCUCUUGUAGUUAUUAUAUUAUCCUACCUCCACCCCCCUCCCCGCCCCCACAACUCUAUAUGUAUUACCUCAUACUUCCAAAAUACUAGAUAAUAACAAAACUGACCUCGAUUUUUAUUUCGUGUGCUCAAGUUGUGUUUACAUUGUUUAUGCUGGCUCCUGUUGCAGCAUCGUUUUCUAAUCUGUAAACUAUUCCUGCAGCAAUAUAUUAUUUUCCAUUAUAUAUGUGUUCUUAUUUUAAGCUACUAGAUUGUAAGCAAAAUACUUUGUUAACUGUACGAUCUGAUAGGCUAUAUAUGCAACUAUAUGUGUGUGUUUUUUUAAAUUAAAUUUAUAGGCCUAUGUAUAAACAGGAAAAU